CAAUAUCGUUUUGGCAUUUCUGCUAGGUUGUUUUUUGUUGUUUGUCCAGCAUUUUGCAGCCUACAGCUACACAUACGAUACCAGCACAUUUACUCGACUUGACUCGACGCGACACAGCGAUACUCAUAGCUCAUAGCUCACGAUACCUUCUACCGAUCGUGUACCCCUAUACCAAAACGAACAGGGCAGCAUCAUACACACCUCCAAGGCUCAUACUACCCCUUGCGUACAUACCUCAAGCCCCUAUUGCGGGUAUCCUUCAAGAUGGCUCCCUCAGCCCUUCACUCCCUCCCCUCGCCAACCAUAACCUUCAAGCCUAUCCUAGCAGCAUUCGCACAGCUGCCAACAGCAACCCCAACAACGUUGCUAACGACAGUCGCAAAGCUCAUACCCCGAACUGCCACGAACGUGUCCGUCUACAUCACCCAGAGCCCCUCGGCUUCCCCAGCACCGACAGACGCACCGAAUCUCAAAGACCCAGUCUACGGCAACCUCACCUGGACAUUCAUCGUCGUCCCGUGCGUCCCCGUCAUCGUCCUUGUCUUCUUCAUCUUUACCUGCUACCAGGAACGCCGCCGCACCAUCAAGAACAUGGAGAGAAAUCCCGAUAUUGAGAUGCAGACCUUCCACAAGUACUGGUUCCCCUGGCGCGAGCUCGAUAAGAACGAGGCCCCCAACGAGGUAAGUGAAACCAACAAGAACCUGUCCUCCUCCCAAAUCACAUCUCUUCCCCUUGGUGCCCGAGACGGCGUUGUUGGUCCUGGAGAUGCUGCUGCUGCUGCUGCUGCUGCUGCUUCAGCUACGGCCGGCAGCACACCCCCAGGCAUCAUCACCCUCGAAGACCACUCCCGUCGCAAAAACCGUCCAUGGGCAGCGUGGCACCCGAGUGACGGAACCCAGAUCCCCCUCAUAACCCUCUACGAUAACCCCCCCUCCUGGGGCCGACGACACCUUUGGUCCGAAGUCAUGGCAUACCCGUCUCUCCUGACGCCUGGCCUCAUCCGUCGUCGAACUAAACCUCCCAAACCCGAUCCCGCCGACGAUACCUCCUCCCCAUCCUCCUACUCCUACUCCUCCCCUCUGAGCCCGAACGCCUCUCCCCCGAGACUGGAUACCUCCCCGAGACCCGCUCCCCCUCGAACCCCCGGCGGUCUACGCAUCAUCACGGAAUCCGGCGAAGGCGAAAUCACCACCGCCCCGAAACGCCCCCGAUUCGCAGAGCCCACAACUCAAAUCAUCGAAUCCUACCAACCCGAACCCGAACACGGCCCCGGACGAGAAACUAACCAACAUCCCACCCAGAUCUACGGAAGAACAGGCCGCCGUCGCCACUGGGGCCGCGAAGACGACCAUCCCCGCGAGAACCACAGCUCGAGCUCCAGCUCAGGCCAUAGUUCCCGCGAAAACCAGACAGACAAGUCAGACGAAGCAAACGAGAACGGUUAUGGCAACGAAGAAGGCAACAACUCGGACGCAGACUCCAUCACAACACAGAAACCCAUCCGCCCGCCCACCGACAUGCCCUCCUUCGGCCGCUUCAAAGACGUCUCUUCCUCUACCGCCACUGCUCAGAAGAGCCCCACCACCACCACCACCACCGCAAGCAGCAGCGGCACAGGCACGGGCACCUGGGCAGCAGGCCACAUCCCCUCCUACUACGGCGCCUCUCCAUUCCCGGCGCAAACACACGUCAAGCAGCCACGUGGAAAGCCUCAUCCAUCCACGAGCGCAUCCACCUCGGCAACCCCAACCGCAGCAGCAGCAGCAGCAGCAGCCCUCUCCCGCCGAGCCCACGCCUCAACAUCGCGAUCCUCCGCCGCAAACUCAGACGGCGUUUCCCCGCUCUCCAGUGCGCGCUCCUCCACCGUCAUCGUCACAGCCGGCGACGCCCGCCGCCGAACAGCAAACACCGUCUCCAGCGUCGGAUCCGAGCCGGGCUCUCCAACGCGCAUGGGCAGCGCUCAGUGGCGUGGCAACCUCGUGUUCGAUUCUGACGAGGAAGAGCAGGACCAGGGCAGCAAAUUCGUCCGCGAGGGUGGUUCUGAUAACAAGGUGGGAAAGCACAGCAAGAAUGUCAAGCCCUAGAACAGCGAGACCUCUUCUGCUGAUGCUGGUACCGCAUUUCCCGCUGGAACCGACGAGAACAUGACCGCGAGCAAGUCCACGUCCAAAGGCAAAGGCAAGGCCAAGAGCCAGUACAGAUCUAAAUCCGACACUGUCGCCGGAGCCAAGACAGACAACAUCAUCGCCAAGACCAAAGCCAAAUGCACCUGCAAAAGCAAAGGCAGAGGCAAAGGCAAAGCCAUACCCGCCAACGCCAGUGGCGGUGCAGCCGUCGACGACGUCGUCGUCGCUGAAUCAUCCACCUCCGCGUCCG